CAGCAUUUCUCACAUCAGCUUUUGCAAGUGGGUCCUACGUAGGUACGUUUUUAUUUUAUGGUUCUGAAUACAAGGUCAUUUUCAUUUUAAAAAAUUACUUCGUUAUGGAUCAAAUUAUUUGUAUGAUGCAUCUUAUAUGACAUCUUAUAUUUUGUUACUUCGUUAUGGAUCAAAUACGUGUCUUUUUCUUAUUGGCUUGGAUUUAGAUUUAGCGACAGAAGUAUUUCUUUCCUCUAGAAAUUUUUUUUUUUUAACAAAGGUAAUUGUUAAAGAAUUAAUAAAGUUAAUUGUUAGCAAUUAAAAUUUUUCAGAAUAGUGAACAUUCCACCCCUCAUACAAGGCUAGUAACUUUGUUAUUCCUUCCUUUUUCUUUACCAUAAUCUUGUUUUCAAACUUUUCAACUUUUAACUUUAUUAAUUAGUUCAGCAAAGUUGAGAUGUUAUUAUUUUUCACUACUCUUUCAAGCUGUUGCAGACCAUAAAACCAGGAAUCAUCGGCAUCAAAUUAAAGCAGCUUAAGAAAAAACUAUUUAUCAAUUUAGCAGAUGGAAGAAAGAAGAGGAGAGAUGACACCAGAAGUAGCUUUGGGUAUAGAUGAAGGUGUUGAGGAAAUGAGGGAAACGAGCGAGCUUUAUGAAAUGAGGGGGCUUUAUGUAAAGGCCUUGGAAAAUGAGCGAGAAAACAUUGAAACACUGUAUCAGAGCAAACAUUGUGCUUUAUUCGAUCCCCUCACUCCUUGCGGAGAUACUGUUUUCCACAUUGCAGCAUACAUGGGAAACAUAAAUCUGUUUCGAGAUCUCUUUGAAAAGGUUGAAAUGCCUAAAAAAUGUGAAGUGUUCACGAAGAAGAACAGUAAUGGUAACACCGUUCUCCACGAGGUGGUCACGAGCAACAAUUUUACGGCAGUAAAAUUCUUAGUUGAGAUUGCACAAGAAGGACGAGCGAGGAUGCUGAUGGAACGCAAUAAUUUAGGGGAGACGGUGCUAUACAGGGCUGCGGCAUUUGGCAAUGAAGCAACAGUGGAGUACUUAGUAAAUGAGGUGGAACUUCAAAAGGGAAAUCUGAAAGAUGAUCACUUCACAAGAAAAUCUGAUGGCCUCUCCAUUCUUCAUAUUGCUAUUAUGAAUGAAAAAUUCGAGACAGCUAUCUGGUUACUAGACAAAUAUCCAGAGCUGGCGACAAAGAAAUGUUCUGGGAAGACAUGUCUUCACAUUCUCGCUAGCAUGCCGACUGCUUUCAAAAGUUCUUUUUCCAUAAUGUAUGGAUUGGAGAUUAUGUAUAGAUAUAUUCCAGGCAACUUAGUCUAUAGAGAUGAAAUUGAACAGUAUGUACCAAGUCAGAGCAGUAAGAGUAGGAUACGCUGUCUAACAAUGAUAAAGAAUAUACGUCUACCCAGGUACGAUGAUCUUUGGAUGUAUCUAGCUGAAAGACGGAAUUUUAAGGAAAUUGGGAAAAAUAAAAGGAAGCAUCAAUUUGCAGUUGAAUUGGCCAAGAUGCUGGUAAAGUUGGAUUCUUCCAUAUGGGGUGAGUACCACAACGAAGAAGGGCACAACAACAUUAUUUGCUUUUCAGAAGACCGUAAAAAGGGAGGCAAAGAAACAGGGGAGGCGUCGCCCCAAACCGGAUGUGAUGGCAAUGCCGCCACCAUUGAGGCAGCGCCGGAUACUCCAUUGAUUAUUGCCGCCAGGACAGGGAUCAAGGAGAUUGUGGACGAGAUUAUCAACGUGUAUCCUCAAGCACUGGAGCAUGUUACCAGGAGUGGACAGAAUAUUCUGCAUGUUGCCAUUCUACACCGUAACCACAUCCUUGAUCGCAUCAGAUCGGAGAGGGAAGUGGUAAAGCGGAAGCUGGUUUUGGGGAUCGACCAUGACGGUGACACCAUUCUGCACAAAGCCGCUCGUACAAAAUACUACCGUGGAGGAACCACAUCGACGGUCGCUCUGAGACUGCAAGAGGAGCUGAGAUGGUUCGAAGAGGUGGAAAAAAUGGUUCCUCCUCAUUACAAAAUCCAUCUCAACAAGGAGAAUCGUACGGCGAAGCAACUGUUAAAAGACCAGCACAAAGAACAUCUGAAAGAGGCCCAAGAAUGGGUCAAGAACACUUCUCAGUCAUGCUCCACCGUGGCGGUCCUAGUCGCCACGGUUCUCUUCGCUGCCGUCUUCACCGUCCCAGGUGGUUUCAAAGCUGACACCGGAAGGGCAGUCCUUGAGAAGGAGCCUCUGUACUCUUUUUUCACCGUGAUGGACGUGGCAGGACUGGCGAGCUCAUUAACGUCAGUGGUGCUCUUCCUUUCAGUGCUCACAUCGUCACUUGAUUUGGAAGAAUUUCGAUAUCAAAUACCCUCGAAACUAUCGGCUGGCUUCCUUUUUCUGUUCUUUGCCAUUGCAACCACCGGGUUUUCCUUCACAACCGCAAUUAUCCUCACCUUUCAUUUGGAGAAGGCAUGGACUACGACUCUGACCUACGCCGCUGCAUUCCUUCCAGUCAGCGUCCAUGCAAUUCUGCAGUUCGGUCUGUAUUUCGAAUACCUCAAGAGUGUUUUUUGGCAAAAACCUUUCUUAAACCCUCAAACUUAAUCCAAAAUAGUAUUUAAGCUCCUGAACUAAAGUGAAGUAGAUAAACCCUCCAAUUCCACUAAUGAUAUAAAUAAACUCUUUUCACAAAUGGGCGAAACGGUUUAUCUCACGAUGGACUAAUUUUG